CUGACUUUGCACCAAGCAAGUGCAGUACAGUAGCAGCGCAGUCGUGCCUUCGAUACCAGUUUCUUACUAUGGAUGAAGGAGGGGAAGAUCGAGGAGAGGAGCAUGGAGAGGAGCAUGGAGAGGAGCGAGUGGAAGACCUGCCUCCAGAGAAGAAGGAUGAAGUGAAGAGUAUUCCCGCAUUGCGAGCCCAGCUCGACGAUGUGCAGGCUAGAUACCGCCACAAAGAGCCGGAGCUACUGAAUGAACUGAACAACACGUACGACUACAUGGUCAAGAACUUGGACCCGAUCAUGUCGGAAGCACUCGAAGACCUGAUGCUCCAUCGCCCCGAGCAAGUCGCGGCCUACCUGGCAUUCUACAUGGCUGGUACUGUCGACGUCUCCAAAUACAAGAAAACUCAAUUGCAACCGCAAGCGUACUUUGAGCGCAAAGUCCAGCCAGCGUUGGGAUUGGCCGUGGAUUCUGUCAUUCGAGACAAGCCCGACGACGUCAAGGCGUACUUGAUGACGUUUUUUGACCAACGGGCCAACAUUUAUUAGCAAUAACAUUGCAAGAAUACGGGUAGUUACAAUUAACGAUCUCUGGCGUUGCCACGUCAUCGAGGUAAAAGUAAGAAUGAUGGUCGUUUGAGAGAGCCA